CUAUUUUAAUGGGGUGUACAUUGUUUUUUAUUAUUUAAAAAUAGUGCGUGUGGUCGUUGAAGUUGCAACAAUGCAUUAUAUUCAAAAAUAUUUAGACAACUUGCCUAAAAUGCCUAAAUGGCAAAAUUCGAAAAUGAAUGGAGAAGUUCCGCAUUCUGGAAAAAAAACAAAUAUAUUCUUAUACUGUAACUACUACAGCUUCUACUCUCAAAAGGUAUUAAUGGCACUUUAUGAGAAAAAUGUUGACUUUGAGCCAUUGAUGGUGGACAUCACGAAAGGAGAGCAGUAUUCAUCGUGGUUCCUUGAAAUUAAUCCUCGUGGGGAGAUUCCUGUGCUUAAAGUCAACGAUAAUAUAAUUCCAGACUCUACAAGGAUCUUGGACCAUCUAGAGUUGUAUCUUGAUCCAGAAUUACCUUCAUUGGUGAAUGUGUCAUCAGAUUUCAAAGUUGUGAACAAUAUCAACAAGUUUAGAGAGCUCAUUGAAGCUCUGCCAUCUGGAGUCAUCACAGUGGGUUCAUUUUUCCAGCCCCAUUUGUGCGGGAGACCCAAACUACCUUUCAUUUUGCCUGUCAGAGAACUCUUGAAAACUGCAGAUAUGGGUAGCUCAAAUAAUCUUAGGAAACUGGCCGAAGAAAAUCCAAAAGCUAAAAGCAUAUUAUUGUACAAAGCUGAAAUACAAGAUCGAAAACAUGAAAUAUUAACUAGUGAAGAAGAAUAUAUUAAAGUUCUUAACAUAGUGGAUCGAGUCUUAGAAGAAGUUGAAGCCCAGUUAAAAACUCAAAAUGAAGGAAACUGGCUUUGCUGUGAGAACUUUAGUAUAGCAGACAUCAACUUGGCAGUACUCCUGCAAAGACUGUGGGAACUGGGUUUUGAGGACAGAUACUGGGCAAAGGGAAAGCGACCGCUUUUAGAGAAUUAUUAUGAAAGGGUCAAGCAGAGAGAAUCUUUUAAAAAGGCAAUACCCAACCUACCAUUCCACAUAAAGAUGAUAAUAAUGUCUCAACCACCUGCUUAUGUUGGGGCAGCUGGAGUAGUUUCUGUCGGAGUAGUAGUGACUGUGUUUUACAUCUUAAAAAAGCUAAUUCGCUAAAAUAAUAGUAAUAUAUUAGUAGUUGAUACUCAAGAAGACAUUAAAGCAUGAAGACCUGCUCAUGUGUUAGUAUAUUAUGAAUGAGUAUUGACAAGAUUAAUUCCAAACAAACAGUAUUAGAGUUGAUUUGAAUUUAUUGCUUAUUAGAUACAAAAGUUAGAAUAUAAAAUUACCUGUCUGUAUUUAAAAAUGUAUUUUAAGUAGUAACUUGUGCAACAAUAACAGAUAGUGUAAUAAGAGUUAGAGAGCAAUCAAACAACAUUCAUUUACCAAAAACCCUAUGUAUUUGUAGAUUGAAAAUAUA